AUGGCUCAAGCACAAAACAUCCAGAUCCCUUCCAGGGCAGCUCACCAGAGCUUGAGCGUCUCCGCCUCGCCCACGGCCACCUUCCACUCACCCCCGUCCAGCUUCGGCAUCGGCCCUGACGGCAUCUCUGCAAAGCUCAACACCAAGCCGCUAAAGCCCUUCAACACGACCGACAUCAAGAUCCUGCUGCUUGAGAAUGUCAACAAGAGCGGCCAGGACAUCCUCAAGGGCCAGGGCUACCAGGUCGAGUUCCUCAAGACCUCGCUGCCCGAGGACCAGCUGAUUGAGAAGAUCCGCGACGUUCACGUCAUCGGCAUCCGCUCCAAGACCAAGCUGACGGAGAAGGUCCUUCGCGAGGCCAAGAACCUCCUCGUCAUUGGCUGCUUCUGCAUUGGCACGAACCAGGUCGACCUGGAGUAUGCCGCCAAGCACGGCAUCGCCGUCUUCAACUCCCCCUUUGCCAACUCGCGCAGCGUGGCCGAGCUGGUCAUCGCCGAGAUCAUCACGCUCGCCCGGCAGCUCGGCGACCGCUCCAACGAGAUGCACCGCGGCACCUGGAACAAGGUCAGCGCCAAGUGCUGGGAGAUCCGCGGCAAGACGCUGGGCAUCGUCGGGUACGGCCACAUCGGCUCGCAGCUGUCCGUCCUGGCCGAGGCCAUGGGCAUGUCGGUCAUCUACUACGACAUCGUCACCCUGAUGGCCAUGGGCAAGGCGCAGCAGGUGGCCAGCCUCGAGGAGCUGCUCAACGAGUCCGACUUUGUCACGCUGCACGUGCCGGCGACCCCGGAGACCAAGAACAUGAUCGGCGCCAAGGAGAUCCAGCAGAUGAAGAACGGCGCCUACCUGAUCAACGCCAGCCGCGGCACCGUCGUCGACAUCCCGGCCCUCAUCAACGGCAUGCGCAGCGGCAAGAUCGCCGGCGCGGCCCUCGACGUCUACCCGCACGAGCCGGCGGCCAACGGCGACUACUUUGACGGCACCCUGAACUCCUGGGGCGAGGACCUCCGCAGCCUGAGCAACAUCAUCCUGACCCCUCAUAUCGGUGGUAGCACCGAGGAGGCCCAGCGGGCUAUUGGUGUCGAAGUUGCUGACGCCCUCGUCCGGUACAUCAACUACGGCGUCACCCUGGGCAGCGUCAACAUGCCCGAGGUCAACAUGCGCGCGUGGAGCCUGGACGACCCCAUGCACGCCCGCGUCAUCUACAUCCACAGGAACGUGCCCGGUGUCCUGCGCAAGGUCAACGAGGUCCUUGGCAACCACAACGUCGACAAGCAGAUUAGUGACAGCAGGGGCGAUGUGGCCUACCUGAUGGCUGACAUCAGCGACGUCAAGGACGGCGACCUGAAGGAGAUCUCGGACAGCCUCGAGUCUUUGAGCUCCCGCAUCAUGACGAGGGUGCUGUACUAG